GUUUUCUUUGCUAACUGGAAGAAACAUUCAUCAUAAUAAUAAGAUAAGCAUUCUCUCUUUCUCUUUCUAUCCCUAUCUCUCUGAUCUGUGUUCUUUACCAAGCUCUGGUUCUCUAUCAUGGAGAAGCCAUUACAGCUUUUCCUAUCUCUAAGAGUAAGUAUUCUCUUCAUGGUCAUUUUAGUAUUUCAGUCGCACUUAAAUUCUUCAACAGAGACAUUUUAUGUUACUACUACAGCUAAAACAGACGGUGAAGCUCUUCUUCUGUUCAAAAAAAUGAUUCAUAAAGAUCCAAAUGAAGUUUUAUCAAGUUGGCAACUCAAUAGAAAUCCAUGUAACUGGCAUGGAGUUAAUUGUACUCUUGGAAGAGUUACUCAGCUUGAUCUUAGCAAGAGUAAUCUUGUUGGUAUUAUCUCAUUUUACCCAUUUGCAUCUUUAAGCAUGUUAUCUGUUCUUAAUCUCUCCAUGAACUUAUUUGCUUUGAAUUCAUCUUCUUCACUUCCAUUUCUUCCACCUGGAUUGAAACAGCUCGAUCUUUCGUUUACUGGAUUAGCUGGUUUAAUCCCUCCUAGCUUUUUCUCCAAGCAUCCAAAUUUUGUGUAUAUAAAUCUCUCUCACAAUAAUCUAACUAGUUUCAUUCCUGAAAACCUGUUAGAAAAUUCAUACAAGUUACAACAUCUUGAUCUUUCUUUUAACAAUCUGACAGGAUCGAUUUCAGGUCUAAACUUUGAAAGAAUUCCUUGCUCUGGUUUGUUGCAUCUUGAUUUAUCAGGAAACCAUUUAAUGGGUGCUGUUCCUUCCUCCAUAUCCAAAUGUAGAAACCUUAACACUUUGAAUUUAUCAUUCAAUAUGAUCACAGGAGAGAUACCUAAGUCUGUUAGUGAACUUAACAGUUUACAGAGGUUAGAUAUAUCUCACAAUCAACUCAUGGGGCCAAUUCCUUCUGAACUGGGUAGUCUUUGUGAUUCACUUCUACAACUUGGUCUUGCAAAUAACAAUCUUUCAGGUUCAAUUCCUACUUCAUUGUCUUCUUGUUCUUGGCUUCAAGUUAUUGAUUUGGCGAAUAACAAUAUAUCAGGUUCAUUCCCAGAUUCGAUACUUUCCGGUUUGGGUUCAUUAGAUAGCUUGUUAGUGAGCAAUAAUUUCAUCUCUGGAUCAUUUCCUGUUUCUAUCUCAUUAUGCAAAAGAUUAAGAAUUGUUGAUUUUAGCUCAAAUAAGCUCUCUGGAAAUCUCCCUCAUGGUGUCUGUCCUGGUGCUGAAUCACUAGAAGAACUAAGGCUCCCUGAUAAUCUUCUGACAGGAGAAAUUCCUUCUGAUCUUUCUUCCUGUUCGCAGCUAAAGACCAUUGAUUUCAGUAUUAAUUAUCUAACAGGUCCGAUUCCUAGGGAGUUUGGGAAGCUUGAGAAUCUUGAGCAACUAAUGGCCUGGUUCAAUUCUUUAAGUGGCCAAAUUCCUGCAGAAUUAGGGGCUUGCUGGAAACUAAAGAAUCUCAUUCUCAAUAAUAACCUCCUUGGUGGUGAAAUUCCUACUCAACUACUGAAUUUAACAAAUCUUGAAUGGGUUUCUCUCACAAGUAAUAAACUUACUGGUCCUAUUCCUCCCGAAUUUGGGCUGCUCUCAAGGUUAGCUGUUCUUCAAUUAGCUAACAAUAGCUUGAGUGGUGAGAUUCCUAAAGAGCUGAUGAACUGCACCAGUUUGCUUUGGUUGGAUUUGAACACGAACAAGCUUAGCGGCGAGAUACCACCAAGACUCGGUCGACAACUUGGUGCAAAGUCGUUGAGUGGAAUCCUCUCUGGUAAUACAGCAGCAUUUGUACGAAAUGUGGGGAACUCAUGUACAGGAGUAGGAGGUUUGCUUGAAUUUGCAGGAAUUCGACCGGAGAGACUUCUGGAGGUGCCAACUUUGAAGUCGUGUGAUUUCACUAGACUAUAUUCAGGAGCUAUCUUGAGUAUGUGGACUCUUUACCAAACAAUAGAAUACAUAGAUCUUUCUUACAAUCAGCUCUGGGGGAAAAUCCCUGAAGAAUUUGGAGACAUGUCGGCCUUACAAGUGUUAGAUUUGGCACAUAACAAUCUUUCAGGAGAAAUCCCUGCAAAUUUCGGUCAACUCACCAAUCUUGGUGUUUUUGAUGCAUCACACAACGAUUUACAAGGUCCAAUCCCGGAAUCAUUCGAAAAUCUUUCGUUUUUGGUACAGAUUGAUCUGUCUAACAACAGAUUAUCUGGUACAAUUCCGUCCAGGGGACAGCUUAGCACUCUUCCUGCAAGUCAGUAUGCAAACAAUCCGGGGCUCUGUGGGGUUCCCCUCCCUCCAUGUCAAUCCGAAAAUGCACCUACAACGCCCUUUAUGGACGACAGAAAAGGAAGUGGAAAACCGACAGCGGCUUCAUGGGCUAAUAGUAUUGUCUUGGGAGUUCUUGUUUCAGUUGCCUCGGUAUGUAUUUUGAUAGUAUGGGCAAUCGCGAUGCGAGCAAGACGUAAAGAGGCUGAAGAAGUGAAAAUGAUUAGCAGCUUACAAGAUUCACAUGCAGCAACAACAUGGAAAAUAGACAAGGAGAAGGAACCAUUGAGUAUCAACGUCGCAACUUUCCAACUGCAACUGAAAAAGCUCAAAUUCUCACAACUCAUCGAAGCUACAAAUGGGUUUUCGGCGGCAAGCUUAAUUGGGUGUGGUGGAUUUGGUGAAGUGUUUAAAGCCACAUUAAAAGAUGGUCCGACAGUUGCAAUUAAGAAACUUAUACGCUUAAGUUGCCAAGGAGACCGAGAGUUCAUGGCUGAAAUGGAAACACUAGGAAAAAUCAAGCACAAGAACCUUGUCCCUCUAUUGGGCUAUUGCAAAAUUGGGGAGGAGAGGCUUCUUGUGUACGAGUUCAUGGAGUUCGGAAGCCUUGAAGAGAUGCUUCAUGGGAGAACAAAGACAGGUGAAGGACGGAGAUUAUCCUGGGAGGAAAGGAAGAAAAUUGCACGAGGAGCAGCCAAAGGACUAUGCUUUUUACACCACAAUUGUAUCCCUCACAUCAUACACCGUGACAUGAAGUCGAGCAAUGUACUUCUAGACCAUGACUUGGAAGCUCGAGUAUCAGAUUUUGGAAUGGCGAGGCUAGUAAGUGCACUCGACACGCAUUUAAGUGUGAGCACACUUGCAGGCACACCUGGGUACGUCCCACCUGAGUAUUAUCAGAGCUUUAGGUGCACCGCUAAAGGAGACGUCUACUCUUUUGGAGUGGUACUAUUGGAACUCUUGACAGGGAGAAGGCCGACAGAUAAGGAUGACUAUGGGGAUACAAAUUUAGUCGGGUGGGUUAAGAUGAAAGUGCGAGAAGGGAGCGGAAGAGAAGUGAUUGAUCAAGAGUUGCUACAACUGAACUCGGAAAGCUGUGCCGAUUAUCAAACAGAGGAAGCUAAAGAGAUGAUCAGGUUUUUAGACAUAACCAUGCAGUGCGUUGAAGAUUUUCCUUCAAAGCGGCCUAACACUUUGCAGGUUGUCAACAUGUUGAGGGAGUUGGUUGUGUAGUUGUGGGUGAAAGUAACAGUGUUUGAUAAUGGUUUUUUCUAAAUUCAUGUUGGUUACUAAUUUGAAGUUUAUUUUCGGACUA